GUAUCACGAGUAGACAACAGCGACAAAGCGAAGGCACCCCCGGCUCCUCCGCUUCAGAGAACGACACGAUACAAGGAAAAGUUUCUGACUAUGAAGGAGAGAUACGAAGUGGUCACCGCCGCGCAUGAAAAGUAUGAGAGGGAACUAGCACUUGCCAAUGAGAAGAUCAAGCGGCUACAAGACGAGUGCAACCUCUUGCUGGAUGCAGUGGACAUCGCCGUGCCAGGGCAGCCAUCACUAUUGCAGUAUCUUGAGCAAGACCCUGUUCCGGCGCAUUAUAUGACGCUCAGCGGACCUCAAUACGAGCUUCCCGUGGCACCGCCGCUUCCACAGGCAGAAGCCCUUCCACCGCAUCCGCCCAGUAGGACACACUCUCAGGACUCUGUCCCUCAAACAAACGGGACGAACGGGCAUGCAUAGGAUGUUGUAGUCUUCCGGACAUAUACCCUUUCAGAUGUACCAUACGAUCCUGCUCCACUAAUGAAACUCUG